UUUUUUUCCUCCUUGAGCAUCCACUAGCAUUCUCUUUCCAAUUUUGUUGUUCCUGUAUUGCAAGGGGUGGACGAUACUUCCUUUAGACUACACCCUGACCAAAUUUCAUUCUCUGGAGCUUUUUUUGAUCACACGCGUCUCACAAAGAAACUAGAACCAUUUCAUUAACGGGUAAUUGAAUCCGUGAGCUUUCAACAAAACAAGCAUCCUUUCUUUGCUAAGGCAAAAAUGACACGCACUAGCAUCUCUGCUCUAGCUGUUGCGUGGUUCCUGGCGGCAAGCCAGGUCAACGCUGGGCCAAUUGCCCCUCCUGUCGAUACCAACCCGACAAACAGCGAGCUUGCCAGUCUUGGCGGCCUCCUGCAGGCACUCGGUGCUGGAGUCAUCGGCAACGGAGCCUUGAUAUACCCGACAGGCCCGUCUUCGCACCAGCGUGCAGAGGCUGAGGUCAUGGCGUCGGACUCAGCCACGCGCAUCUUCAAGAAAGUCAAGUCGGCCAUCAAGGACGGCGGGCUGAACGACGAGGACGGGGGCGACGGCGACGACAACCACAAGUCGCUGACGUACCUGGUGAAGCCAGCCUUGAUUUCCACCGCGAGGAGAUCCCGCCACCGAACCCACUAG